AUGUCUGCUGAAGCGCAACCUAUCACCCCCGCCGUGUUUGCGGAAGCCAUCAAGUCUUUACCGCUCUCCUCCUUAUAUGCCAAAGUAUCUGAGCUCCGCAAUUCAAUAGCGCAUCUCACGCGCUCCAAUGAAGAGCUCAGGCUCUAUGUCAGAGACUCUGAGGAUGGGCCAGACUCGCCGGACAACAAAGAGCUUGAAAAUUACAUCGUUGAAAAUGAACGUGUUAUGCAGUCUAUGGCCGAGAGGAUAGGAUUACUCAAGGUCGAAGUGGAGGACAGAGGCCAGCAAUGGAUCGAGGAGGCUCUUGCAGAUGGCAUUGAUGAAGCCGAUGCAGAGAGCUUGGUAGAUGGAGAGUCGCCACCGGCGAUCAAUGGAAUUCAGUCGCAUGAGACGAGUGACCAUUCUGAGCAUGUUAACGGCGUCCGAACCCCGUCGAAUCAGCCAACUAACGAAAAUGGCGAGAACUCUGAGGAUGAGGGAAUUCAUUUAUGA